CGCACGGCGGGCCGGGCCUCCUGGCGGCGAGGGAAAGGGAGCGCAGCGCGGCCCAGCUCAGCCCUUCGCUACCGCUGCAGCGGACAGGAAUAGCGGCUUCCCCCCACACCGCGGGACAGCACCGCCGGCCCCAGCGCCGCAAGGCGGCAGGGCCAGCCCGCGCCGCCGCUCCUCGGGAGCUGUAGUCCUGCCGCCGCGCCGGCCGCGGAGGGGGCGGCGGGCGGACGAACUGCAUUUCCCGUGGUGCCCCGCGGCAGGGGAGCCGGCAUGCGCGGCGCGGCGGGGCGGGGCGGGGCGGCGGGCAGGUUGCUGUUGUUACAUAGGAAACAGCUGAAGAGUCUCCACAUGACAGGGGGGGAAGGAGGAAGUGGGGCGACGCACGGGGCGCCACCGCCGCUCCGGUAGCCGCGGGGCUCAGGGAGUCCUUCCCGCGGCGUACGGGCUGGCCGCCCCUGAGAGCGGGCUCGCGUCCCGGGGCCGCUGCUGAGGGGAGGCAAGCAGGGAGGCAGGAGGCGGGGGAGCGCCCCGCCGGGCCGCGGCGUCUCGCCGGGGAAGUUUGGUGCGGGGCGGGAUCCCGCCGCCCUCCCCCGGGCUUCCCGCCGGCUGUGGAGGUGGCGCCGGGAAUGAACGGCUUCGCCCCCGAGGAGGUGACCCAGCGCGGGGCGGACCCCGCCGCCGCCGCCGCGGUGGUGAGCAAUGCGGGCUCCGCCGUGGAGGUGCCGCCGCCGCCAGCGCCGCCGGGGCUGGCUCCGGCCGCCGCCGCGGGCUCGGCGGGUGCCGGGGGUGCGGGCGGCCCCGGGGCCGGGCAGCUGUGCUGCCUGCGGGAGGAGGGGGAGCGGUGUGGCCGCGCCGCCGGCAACGCCAGCUUCAGCAAGCGGAUCCAGAAGAGCAUCUCGCAGAAGAAGGUGAAGAUCGAGCUGGACAAGAGCGCAAGACAUCUGUAUAUUUGCGACUUCCACAAAAACUUAAUUCAGAGUGUGAGAAACAGAAGAAAGAGGAAAGGCAGUGAUGAUGAUGGUGACUCACCAGUGCAAGACAUCGACACUCCAGAGGUUGAUUUAUAUCAGUUACAAGUAAACACACUUCGAAGGUACAAAAGACACUUCAAGCUACAGACCAGACCAGGACUUAACAAAGCACAGCUUGUUGAAAUAAUUGGCUGCCAUUUUAGGACAAUUCCGGUGAAUGAAAAGGACACCUUAACAUAUUUCAUCUACUCAGUGAAGAAUGACAAGAACAAAUCAGAUCUAAAGAUGGAUAGUGGGGUUCACUAGACGGAAAAGGUUGGGACUGAGACUCAGGCCGCAAAUCAAAAGACUGAGGGUUUUUGUUGAUAUGCAAAAGCUUUCUUUGUAACUUUUUUCUUUCCAGAGAGUUUCUCUGUUUUAUUUUUCAUAACCUUGCUGAUUUGUUUGAAAACCAUCUCUUAUGAAACAAAUUUCCUCAGCAAAAGUAUUUUAAAUAAAUAUCACUGAUAUUGUUGCUCAAGUGGGUGUGUCUAACUUUAGUGAGUUACUUGUACCUAAUAGUUAAGCUUUGACUAAUUAUGUAAUAAUAUUAAAAUAUUUUUCAAUUAAAGUGUGCCAAGGAUAUAUUUAUGAAUGUA